UGAGCUGGUCGACCGCCUGUGCCUGGAAGGAGAACAUGGCGCUGCCCACAGGGCUUCUUCUGGUUUGGGCCUGCUGGCUUCCCAGUGUCUUUGGCCACCGGUAUGAAGAUGAAAAGCCACCAACUGUAGAAACUGUAACUCAUUUUCCAGAAGUCAAAGGUGGCAAGUGCUUCUUUCCAUUCCACUACAGAAAUGGGAUUUUCUAUGACUGCAUCAAGUUAAAGGCUAAAGACAAGUGGUGCUCCUUAAACGAGACUUACCAGGGAUACUGGAAGUAUUGCUCUGAGGAAGACUUUGCAAAAUGUGUAUUUCCCUUCUGGUUCAGACGCAUGAUCUACUGGGAAUGUACUGAAGACGGGAAUGCGUUUGGGAGAAAGUGGUGUUCACUGACCCGUAAUUUUAACAAAGAAAAGGUCUGGAAAUAUUGCAGUUGAUGGUGAGACUAAUCAGGCAGGGGACGCAGAGGUUUAAUCAUGCUCCUGGGAAGG